AUGUCAUGUAGGCAGAAGUUCGAGUUGAAAAAUGAUAUGCUUAUUCACACAGGAGAGAAACUUCAUACCUGUGAGGUAUGUAAUAAGUCAUUCAGAAGAAAGAGUGUUUUAAGUAAGCACAUGCUUAUUCAUACUGGAGAGAAACCUCAUGUGUGUGAGGUAUGUAACAAAUCAUUUAGACAGAAGAGUCAUGUAAAACGCCAUAUGCUUAUUCACAGAGGACAGAAAUCUCAUAUGUGUAAGGUAUGCAAGAAGAUGUUUACACUAAAGGCCAAGUUAAAUGAGCAUAUGGUUAUUCACACAGCAGAGAAACCUUAUGUGUGUGAGAUAUGUAAUAAGUCAUUUAGACUAAAUUGGCAUUUAAACAAGCAUGUAAGUAUUCACACAGGAGAAAAACCUCAUGUGUGUGAGGUAUGUAAUCAGUCAUUUAGACAGAAGUUUGACUUAAAACACCAUAUGCUUAUUCACACAGGAAGGAAACUUUAUGCCUGUGAGGUAUGCAAUAAGUCAUUUAGAGAAAAGUUUGUUUUAAAUAAGCACAUGCUUAUUCAUACUGGAGGGAAACCUCAUGUGUGUGAG